AUGGAAUAUUAUCACAAUGAGCUGGAUAUGCUAGAUAAGGCAAAAGUUCUAGACAGUGUCAAAAAAAAUCUUCAGAAUGUGGCAAAUGUUAACUCUGGAUUCGACUUAGAGCGUAGAAUAAAAGCCCAAGAACUCAUUGAUAAUUGGAAGUCUACAAUAGGAGCUCCUCCAAUCGCUGCCGAAUCGGAUAUGAAUAAAUUCAACAAAAAAUUCAUUGAAGAUCUCUAUAAACUUCUCAAUGAUAAUCUUAAUAAGAAAAUUCGUAGUGAAUUUCAAAAUAUCAAGGGGGAUGUAGAAAAGAUUAGAUGUCAGAUGGAAAAGAUUGACAGUGCAGUGAAAAGUCUUGAACAAAAAAAUAAUACUGAAGGAA